AUGGCAUUUACUAAAGAGCAAAAAAGGCGAAUUCGUGGAAUUCGGAUAGCAUUAACCCUGUUUUAUGGGUUUCUAUUAUCAAGUACAUUAUUUUUAUAUAUUAUUCACGGUUCUUUACAAACAAUACGCAGGCCAAAUCCUUAUUCAAUUACAAUGAUCUGUAUAGGUGUUGUAAUUUUAAUAUCAAUUGGACUGGCUAUUUAUGCAACAUGGUACAAUAAAAGCAUCAUCAUGCUUAUAUCGGGUGUUGUUCUUAUCGCUAUUUUUAUAUUGACACUCAUAUUCGGUAUCGUGCGUAUUGUUAAAUCAUCAGAUUAUCGUGGAGCAUCGCUAACAGAAGGAGAAACAGGGAUAAAAAUAAAAACGGAUUCUUACGCUCUUGCUGAAGAUGUAGCUAAAUUAAUUAUUGAAUUAGUGUCAAUAUUAUUCGGAAUUUUGGCAACAUUUUUCCUUUAUCGUUAUUUCAAAGUCAAAUAUACCGAAGUUUCACAAACAAUUACAUAG